AUGGGUGUUCCCGCCUUUUUCCGAUGGUUAUCGCGAAAAUAUCCAAAAACAGUAUCUCCAGUUCUUGAAGAGCCUGACGUUGAAAUCGAUGGCGUCAAGUAUCCUCCCAACUACGGAAAUCCCAAUCCCAACGAUGAACUUGACAAUCUCUAUCUUGAUAUGAAUGGUAUCGUUCAUCCAUGUACUCACCCUGAAGGUCGUGAAGCUCCUAAAAAUGAGGACGAAAUGAUGCUAGAAGUCUUUAAAUACACCGACCGUGUUUUGACCAUGGCGCGUCCACGCAAGAUUCUCAUGAUUGCUAUUGACGGAGUUGCCCCACGUGCCAAAAUGAACCAACAGCGUUCUCGUCGUUUCCGCACUGCACGAGAGUCUCGCAUCAAUGCUGAGGCUAAAGAACAGGCUAUUAAUGAAGCUGAAGCUCGUGGUGAAACUAUUGACGAUGCCAUCAAAGGUAAAACUCACUGGGAUUCCAAUGUCAUCACACCUGGAACACCCUUUAUGGAUACACUUGCUAUUAGUUUGCGCUAUUGGAUUGCUUACAAGCUUAACUCAGAUCCUGGUUGGAGUGACCUUAAAAUUAUUAUUUCAGAUGCUUCUAUUCCAGGAGAGGGUGAACACAAAAUUAUGGAAUUCAUUCGUUCUCAGCGCGCUGAUCCCUCUCAUGACCCUAAUACCACCCAUUGUAUUUAUGGAUUGGAUGCUGACUUAAUUUUCCUUGGCCUUGCCACCCACGAACCGCACUUUAAGAUUCUCAGAGAAGAUGUCUUUGCUCAACAAAACAAGCCCCAGUCUGGACCAAAUAAAAACUUUGGUUUGACUGAAGAAGAUAAACAAAAGCUAGAACUUGAUGCUCAAAUUGAAAAGUCCCACAAGAAGCCGUUCAUUUGGCUUCACGUCGAUAUACUUCGCCAGUAUCUUGAAAUUGAACUGACUGUCCCUAACCUUCCAUUUGCAUAUGACUUUGAGCGUGCUAUCGAUGAUUGGGUUUUUAUGUGCUUUUUCUGCGGUAACGAUUUCUUACCCCAUCUCCCAAGUUUGGACGUUCGAAGUAACAGUAUUGAUAUGCUUACUGACAUGUGGCGCCGCAAUUUGGGCAAACUCAAAGGCUUCAUUACAUGCGAUGGUCACGUUGACCUUGAUCGUGCUGAGGUCUUACUGAGAUCUCUUGGUCAACAAGAGGACAAUAUCUUUCGCAGCAAAAUUCGAGUCGAAGAAGAUCGCAAGCGACGCCGCCUUGAUGACGAAAAACGCAAGGAACAGAAGGAAAUGGACCCUAAAAUGCUUAAGGAAAUGCUGCAGAAGCAAGAGCAUAAUUAUUCCCCUGCUCAGCAACUAGAGGAAACUAUAUUGGACCAAAAGGUUCCUCAGCCUGAAAUCAGCAAAAAUAGAACUGGCGACCGUGCUCCCGUUCAUCCACUCGAUAAUAUCCCACUAUAUUCACCUUCAGGAGAAAGUGUUGGUGCAGUGCACAUGUCUAAUUCUGAGCUUGUUGCCCGACGGAAUGAAAUCACAAUGUCAAAUAUCGCAAACAAGGCUGCUGCUGAUGUACUCAAGGCCAAGUUAAAAGCCGAAAAGAAAGCAAAAAAUUUCAAGGGCGCUUCUGCAGAGAAGGAACUGGAAAAUGAAGAAGAAAAAGAACAACAAGACGAUGAAGAAGCUGAAGAAGCUGAAAAAGCUGAAGAAAAUGGGGAAACUGAGGAAACCGAAGAAACUGAAGAAACUGAGGAUACCGAAGAAACUGAAGAUAGUGAAGCUCCCAAAGCUCCCCCUGUUAAAAUUGGUGUUAAGCGUGGCCAUGAUGGGUUUGAGCGUCGAGAUGACAUGGAUCAAUAUGCCGACCCUGUUCGUUUGGGCGAACCUGGCUACCGUGACCGUUACUAUACUUUAAAGUUUGACGCUCCCGAAGACAACCAGGCCAAACGCCGAGACGUUGUCGAAAGAUACAUUGAAGGUGUUUGCUGGGUGCUAUUAUAUUACUAUCAAGGGUGUCCAUCAUGGAACUGGUACUUCCCUUACCAUUAUGCGCCGUUUGCUGUUGACUUUAUCAAUCUUUCCAAGAUUGAAAUUAAGUUUAACAAGGGUGAGCCUUUUGCUCCAUAUGAACAACUAAUGAGUGUGUUGCCUGCGUCAAGUGGUCACACCCUACCUGAAGUUUUCAGACCACUCAUGUCAGAUCCUAAAUCUGAAAUCAUUGAUUUUUAUCCUGAAGACUUUCGGAUUGAUCUUAAUGGCAAAAAGUUUGAAUGGCAAGGUGUAGCUAUAUUGCCCUUCAUUGACGAGAAACGUCUACUGACUGCGGUUCGCGCCAAAUAUGACCAACUUACACCACAAGAAGUUGCACGCAACGCUCGCAAAAAUGAAAUUCUAAUUGUAUCUGGCAAGAAUGUCAUUUUUGAGCAGGCUAUGAAGAAAGUUUAUGCACCUAAUGCUGAUGAAUAUUCACGAUUCAAUUUCCGUGCCUACCAAACUAAAGGCCUCACAGGUACCAUCUCCAAAGAUCCGGCAUUUGAAAAUAAGCAAAUCUUUAACUUCCCGCUAUCGGAAGGUCACAUGCCUGAUGUUCCAAUUGAAGGUAAUGUUAUGUUUUUGACCUAUGAUAUGCCUGUGUCCUCUUUCCCAAAUAAGAGUAUGUUGUUGCGUGGUGUCAAAUUACGAGAUCCUGUUUUUACGCAAACUGAAGAGACCAUAGUUCGCCAAAAGAUUAGCGAACGUCGUAACCGUCACAAUAAUAACAACAAUUACAACAAUAACAACAAUCCAAACAAUGGUCUUGGUCGCAACGAACCUUUAAAAGUUGCUGGUCGCAUUGGUGGCUUUGUCAAUUUUAUUGGUCUUGAGAAAACGGGACAGCUUCCUGGUUCUGAUUUGCAAGCACGGCAAGGAAUUCGUGGAAGUUUUAUUGGAAACGGAGGUAAUUACUACAACAAUAAUAGCAACAACAACAACAACAACAACGGUGGCGGUUAUAAUGGUAACAAUAACAACUACCGGGGAAAUCCAUACAAUGGUGGCGGGUACAAUAAUGGGCCCAGAAAUGGCGGUAAUAAUGGGUAUCAAAGAAGUGGCAGUUACAAUAACAAUGGUGGCCGACAAUAUAACAACAAUGGCCGUCAACAAGGAGGUAGCUAUCAAAAACGAGAUAACAACAAUGGAUAUGGUGGUGAUGGUUCCAGCCAAGGGUAUAAUCAGUAUCAGAAUUAUGGCCAGCAACACUAUGCACCCACUUCCAACCAGCCCUUUGCAAACAAUGUAUUUGGAUCUGUGGGAACCAACAACGAGUAUGAAAAUGCUAGCUCCAGUAAUAACAGUGGCAACAACAAUUAUAGGGGGAACAACAAUUACAAUGGUGGAAGAGGCGGCGGGUACCGUGGGAAUAAUAACAGAAACAACAGAUAUAAUAGUCGUUAA